AUGAAGAUGUAUAUUUAUAUAUGCCUUGCCCAGAAGAAGGACCAUGAUAAGUGGGAACUAUUCCUAGAUGCAGAAGCAGACCAGACCCAGAUAGAGAAUAUGAUAAAAUGCCUACUCCUAUGGGAUAUUGAAAAAGCAUAUAAGGAAGUUCAUGGUAAACUCUUGAAGAUGCCUCCUUUUGGAACAGCAGGUGAAGAUUUAAAGGCAGCUUAUGAAAGAGAAUUGGGGUUAGAAGAGCAGAAAAGAAGAGAAGGUCAAGAAUGCUCAAUUCGUAUUACUUUCCCAACAGAAGAUAAUCUAUGGUUCAUCUGCCCUACAUAUGCUAAGUUUACUAAGUUCUUAAAUGAAGUAGUAAAGAACUAUGUAGUUGGUUUAGAACAAGGCAAAGAUAAUAUGACUGUUUGUAAAGAAGUACUAGAACACCUAAGAAAGAAUGGUGGUGGAUAUAUAAAUAAAGACCAAUUUGAUGAUGACGGACAUUCCGCAUUUGGUCAGAUAAGAGAUUGGGGUAAUUGGGAAAACCCAUCUGAUGCAGCAGAUGAAGAAGAUUAUGAUUGGCAAGUAUUAACUGAUAGUUCUAGCAAGAAACUAGACGAGUUAUUGGAUGAAGUCAGAGCUAAAUAUUCCAACACAAGAGAUUGA